AUGGCUCGCGAGCUCUCUGCGAUGGGCCCCGAACCAGAGGAGGAAAAAGAGGCAGACGAACAACAGUCAGAGAAGUCCCCACAGAGCCUUGCUUCACUGCGGCUGCAAGACGAAGAAGAUUGCCCUGCUUUUGCUCGCUCUUUCGGAGAAGACAUUCUCUCGCUCCCGUCUGCUGAGGCUCUUGUUGUUGCUGCUGCUGCGAGCGGCUGCUGCCAGCAAGCAGCAGCAGAAUCGCACUAUUUCAGACCUCUCGAGCUGCCUAUGAUGAAACAAGAUGGUUCCUUUUUUGAGUUUUCUGAUUUUGAACAUUAA